AUGAAGCAGAUUCAAGAAGCAUUGUCAACUCCAAUUGGUGCAGCAACUGAUUUUAAUGAGGAUGAACUGGAAGCAGAACUUAAAGAAUUGGAGAGUGCUGAGUUGGAAGAACAACUUCUUCAGCCAGCAACUACAGCUUUGCCUGCCACAUCGUACAUCCCAGCUGGGCGGCAACCUACACGACCUGUUCCUGCAAAGCCAACUCCUGAGGAAGAUGAAUUGGCAGUUUUGCAGGCUGAGAUGACACUUUGA